ACAAAAUCGCCCUUCGCGUAUCUCGAAAACCUUUCAGCUUUACCUUCCCCGAGCCUCGCUCUCAAAAAUCCUCUUGGUCGCCUCCAAUUCCACUCCCUCCUGUAUCGCGCUACAUAUACGUAGCUGAUAGGCGAGGGAACUCGCUUUGGUGAUCGUCGAUUCUUCUGCUACAAUGGCGUCGGUGUCAUCACCUUCAGCUUCUGAGACGGCGGCGGCGGAAGGGCCGGUGCUGAGUCUGAUGAACAAGCGGCUGCGAGCGUUGCGCAAAAAGUAUAACCGGAUUCUUCAGAUGGAGGCGAGUCUUGCGCAGGGAAAAAGCUUGAACAAGGAGCAGGAAGAAGUUCUGAGGUCAAAACCCGGGGUUGUAGCCCUUAUUGAAGAGUACGACAAGCUCCGGUUGCCGCUCGCUGCCGCCGUUCAGGAAGAGCUUGCCCUAUCCGCCUCCUGUUCAUCGUCGGGUAACCCUAAAUUGGUACCGGUGGCAACGGAGGAUGCGUCUUUAUCGACUGAUUCCGCCGUCGAUGGCUUGGUUGCACUGCUCUACUUUGGAUGUCUCUUCGACGUGAAGCCCCAGAGCGAGUUCACAUCGAUGAUGCUGACGAGGACCCAUGAGCGCGGGUGUUGCCUGACGUACGAUUAUGUCACGGACGAGGCCACCGAGCUGCUUGGAGAUAAAGAUCUCGAUAUGAUCUCCACUCUCGGAGGGCUGGUUACAUCAAGGCCGCUCUAUUCCGGGAUAUCUCACCGGAGCGCUCUCGAGGGCUGUAUUCAGCACGCUAAACUCUGGCUACUGGGAGCCCGGAAGCCCAUAGUUUCGGGAUCCUCUAUUACCUAUGCUGGUCUGAGAGAAAAGUUGAAUAAGAUUAUGGCCUCAGACUACUACACGACGACACCUGAAAUGAAAGCCCCAGUGGAUGUUGCUGCUGCGGUGGGCAAGUACAAUGCUGCUUGCCAAAUGCUAGUUUCUGAACCUAGUGAGCAGCCAGCGCCAGACGGUCAAAGUAACGCAGUGCAGGUCGAUUAUCAUCAACAGGAGGAUGAACAGGAAGACAUUCAGGCCACAGAAGUCAUUUCCGAUCAGUCUGGCUCUGCAUCUGAACUUCUGAAGGAUGUGGCAGAUGAUUCUGGUUACGCUGUUGGAGAUGAUAUUGCACUGCAGCAAGAUCAGCAAAUACUGGAGAAUCUGGAAGAGCAUAACCAGAUAGACUAUGAGCAAGAAGAUCAACAAUAUAUUUCGCGAAGACCAUACCCAAACCAAAGAGGGGGCCGUGGUGGUCGGAGAGGUUAUUCGAGUGGGCGUGGUUACAAUGGUCGUGGCGGCAACGGCGGCAACGGCUAUCAAAAUGGGCGGAACCAUUACUACGAUCCCGGUUAUCAUCCAAGAAGCUAUUAUAACACGAGGGGUCGGGGUGGCAGAUACGGAGAUUCUGUCAAUUACAAGCAUCAAGGAGCUUCAGUCCAUGACAAUCAUGACCCUUAAAGAAGUUUGAACCAGGUGCAAGUUCUUAGUUUUUGAUGUCAUGGUUAACAUUCUAUCAAGCUGAAAAUCGAAAACCUUGAGAUAAUUAUUUUGCUGCUUGUUUAUUUCAGAAUUUAUAAGCUUUAUGCUAAUUAUGAUUUUGUUGUUCUUCC